UCAAACCAAUAACAACUACGCACUGCACACGACUUUCCCCAUCUCUCUCUCAUGGCGACGGCGGCGGUUGCCGACUCCAGGAAGCUCCCACGGCCAGGGCGAGGCGGCGUAAUCUCCCACAACCUCACCGAAGAAGAAGCCCGAGUCCGAGCCAUAGCAGAGAUAGUCAACAACAUGGUCGACCUCUCUCGCCGCGGCGAUACCGUUGAUCUCAACGCCCUCAAGUCCGCCGCUUGCCGUAAGUACGGCCUCUCACGCGCCCCCAAACUGGUGGAGAUGAUCGCCGCGCUUCCCGAGUCAGACCGCGACUCUCUCCUCCCCAAACUCAAGGCCAAGCCGGUUCGAACCGCCUCCGGAAUCGCCGUCGUGGCUGUGAUGUCGAAGCCUCACCGCUGUCCUCACAUCGCCACCACUGGGAAUAUAUGUGUGUACUGUCCUGGAGGACCUGAUUCGGAUUUUGAGUAUAGUACUCAGUCGUAUACUGGAUAUGAGCCCACUAGUAUGCGCGCGAUUCGUGCCAGAUAUACCCGUAUGUUCAAGCUAGAAGCAGGAUAGAUCAACUCAAAAGGUUGGGCCACAGUGUUGAUAAGGUUGAAUUCAUCUUGAUGGGAGGUACUUUCAUGUCAUUGCCAUCAGAUUACCGUGAUUACUUUAUAAGGAAUCUUCAUGAUGCUUUAUCGGGACACACUUCUGUUAAUGUUGAGGAGGCUGUUUCCUACUCGGAGCACAGUG